GGGCCGGUCUCGUCCGGUGAACCUGCAGGCCAUCAAGACCACUCGUGUAUGCAGCCUGGUAGUCUGUAAGGUCAUGGAGCAGGCUGUAUAAUAACAGAGUAUGGUUCUCAGGAAUCCGAAUUUUCUGAUCUAGCCUGCUACAUUUCGCGUCGACUCAACAUGCCGCUGUGCUUAUGCGGCGAGUGGUUCAGAGGCACUGGAACCCGAUGCCCGCGACACCGACACACAUACAAUUAUAACAGUGAUUCCACAGAUCGCAGUAGCGUGCAUCGUCAUAUCAGCGCACGCGUUCGCCCUCGUCACGCUCACUUCGUAGACGACGAUCCACACGUACGCUAUGAUCCUGGCCAGGCUCUCGUACGCUACGCAAAUCAUGGCAACGGCUACAUCUCCAACACACAAUCAAACGACCUGGCACAGUCCGUUGUCCGAGUGCUGGAGACGUCAAGCGACACCCAUGCCAUUGCGAUGGCAGAGUACUCAGUCAACCCAUCCACGGGCACAUACUCCUUUUCAGCACAGGCGAACCUCGAUCGCGAACAGUGUACUGUCUGUAGUCAAUGGUUUCCUAAUCGCUACAAGCUGGAAUGCCACCAAUAUGAAUUUCCGAUUGGUUGUGAGGAGUGCAGGGUCUGUUUAAGGCGCGACAGUGUGGCAUAUCAUGCCGACACCGAGAAACACGACAGAUGUUUCGUGAGAGAUUGUGAGAGUGAUGUGAGAAGAUUCGGCAAUUGGAGAAGUCGAUUUGUGAAGAGACAUAUUGUGGAGACACAUUAUCAAGGCUACUAGGGGCCAAAGAACGGA